AUGGACGCCAGUGAGAGUAAAACUGAGCAAGACAUAGCCGGGACCUUUUCUAGGCCAGUGAGGGUCCUGGUCCAAACAUCAACACAUCUGGUUCCCGGGGAUGGAUACUUCAGGAAGUGUGAAUUUAUGCAGAACAAACUCUGCCAGCUACAUUGGAACUGUGAUUUCGACUAUAAACAACACAGAUGGAGCACGUAUGGUUGUGAAUUUGCUUUAGACAAUCGGCCCUGUUACGCCCUCAUUGAUUCUGGCAAAGUCGCAGGCGAUGACGAUGAUGACAAAGUUCCAAUACUGCCCUAUGAAUGGACAGGAGAGAUCUUCAAACCUAAGCCACAGCUGUCAGAGUCGCCAAGGGUCCGCCAUAUACUUAAGAAACAUUUCCCAUUUUCUAGGAAACCGCGCAAAGAUACACCCCAAGCUGAGAGGUCAAAGCGCGAGUUGAUCAGGUCAAAUCUGUAUAAAGAGAUUCCGCUUUCAGAUAGACUCCUUAAGGAAAUUCGCGACCACUCCGAUGACGCUAAGUGGCUCCAGAGACACCGUGAACCUAGGUUCUGGUUAAAAGUAGAGGACUAA